UUAGCGGGAAACGAGAACGGGACAGUUGCUUUCUUCAUUGAAUAAUCUAAAUAAUUAAUACGAAGUGGUGUUUUGUGGUUAAUGAUCGCAUUAAGUUAGUCGGAAGACAUUCGCGAGUGUUAUUACAUUGGAGUAUUCAAUAAACAAAGUGUAUCUGCCUAUUUUCGCUUCGUGCUAGGAAGCCGCUUCAUAGCUCAAAAGUUUAUGCGGACUUUUGAGUUAAUUCGUUUGGGGUUCGGAGUAGGAGUCUACUCCGAGGGUGGGGGCUUAGGUUUCAUCAUCAUCAUUCAUCACCUUUCACCAUUUCAUUAAUCAUCAAGAAAAAAAAAAUACGUCAGACAUGGCUGUAUGGGCAUAGUUCCCUUUGCCUUACCCUUCGGGGAAAACCAAACCAAAAAAAAAAAAAAAAAAAAGUUUAUGGUUAACCUUGAAUUGUUUGUAAAUUGAUAACAUUUCUCGAAUUAUAACAAUGAAAGACGUAAUAGACGUAAUGGCUUUACAAAGUAGCAGACGUGAAAGACGUUUACCAGACUAUCGCAGUGCGCCGGGCCAUAGUUUAGCUACAAACUUUAUAUUCGAGUGCGGCAUCAAACUAGGCUUGCAGCCGGCUACCGUCGCCACUGCAGCUAUAUUUUACCAUAAAUUCUUUAAGGAAGCUGAGAAAAAUGAUUACGAUUGCUAUGUGAUCUGUACUGCAUGUCUCUGUGCUGCGGGGAAGUCACGGGAUGAGCCGGUCAGACUAAGAGAUGCAGUGAAUGUGGCGCAUAAUUCUAUUAACCGUGGAGCUGGACCUUUAGAACUCGGUGAAGAAUACUGGUCGUGGCGGGGAGCAGUGGCUCAGGCGGAGCUUCUAGUUUUGCGACUGCUAGGCUUUAAUUUGGACGCACCGUCUCCACACAAAUAUCUGUUGCAUUACCUGCGCUCUCUGCAAGAAUGGUUCCCGCCGGCCCAAUGGCGGUGUGCGCCGGUAGCCCGUACAGCGAUGGCGUUCCUUCAAGACUUUCAUCAUUCCCCAGCAAUUCUGGACUACCGUGCUCCCCAUGUUGCAGUUGCUUGCCUCACGUUGGCUCUACAUGUGCUGGGAGUAUCAGUGCCAUUAGCAUCUACUUUAGAUGACGAUGCUGCUUGGUAUUCUGUGUUUACCAAAGAUUUACAAAAAGAGAAGAAUUGGGAAAUUAUGGAGAAAAUUAUGUUUGUUUAUGGUAGAGAACCUGAACCAAUAUAGCAUAUGAUCAGAGCUAUCUUAUGAAUGUCACUUUCAAUUUCCUUUUAACUAAUUUUAUAAUGAUAGACUGUUUCAUAAGCUAAGAGACAAGAAUUAAAUAAGUAUUAUACGAAAACAUGUAACUUCUUGUCUGCCGAAACACUGAUCUCGACUAGACACCUACCUACCUAUGUGUACACCACCUUCUGGUUCCAUCUUCAGACCCUGGAUAUCAAGUAGCACCAGAAAGCUUAUCAAGACAAAUCAAACGAGUCCAUAUCAGUUAAAACUGUGUAUCAGUUGAGAAUAGUAUUCAAUAUUUUAAUGUCCUAUUAUGGUGUAUAUGUUUAUGUUUCAGUUGUGGAUAUUUGGACCAAGUUCCAUACAACUUAGGUCAAUCUCCUUAAAGAUCUUUUAAGUGCCUACCUAUACCUAUUAUAACAAAAUUUAUGUUUAUAUAUUAAACAAACAAAACCUGAACCUUGAUAAAAUAAACUAGUAAGUAGAUACCUACCUAGAAUUGAUUCAAUGUUAACAUUUACUGAGAUUGGUUUCAGGACUACUGCUGCAUAAUUAUAUAUAAAAAUAAAAGUCGAGGAACUAUCUUUUUAUUUA